AUGAGUUCGAAACUCAAAACAGUACGAGCCGCACAUCGACGAGCAGUAAUAAAGCUACUGAAAAAAGCAGACCCGACAGAAGAGCCGCAUCAAGAUGUUCUCAACCUCAGAUCCAUGACAGAGCUCAUCAAAACCAAGAAGAAGAUAUUGUCUGACCUCAAUGAGAAGAUUCUAGAAUCCAUUGAAGAAGAAGAAGACCUCGACCAAGAAAUUGAAGAAGUUGACAAAUACGAGUUAGAUAUUCAAAUUGGAAUGACGAAAAUUGAGAAGAUCCUAAAAGAAGUAAGUCAUUCUAAAAAUCAAUCAGCUCUUAACCCUAAUGCAUCAGAUUUUAUAUGCAAUAACCCAAGCGUGCAAGAACAUCCUAACCAGAUAAUUUUCUACUCAGAGCAAACAAGCCUCAGCCAUGGCCAGUCAAGCAUGCCUACCUCCACAGUGUCAAGUCAUAAUAACAAAUUGCCUAAACUCAACUUGCCAACUUUCGGCGGAAAUCUACUAGAAUGGUCAGCCUUUUGUGAUUCCUAUAAUAAUUCUGUACAUGAAAAUCCUUCAUUGAGUGACGUGCAACGAUUUAAUUAUUUGAAAUCGCAACUUUAUGGAGAAGCUAGCCAGUGUAUUUCAGGAAUGCAAAUGACUAAUACAAACUAUAAUCAAGCAAUACAAAUUCUGCACGAGAGAUUUGGCCAACAACACAAAAUAGUAAACGCAUACAUGCAAAAUUUGUUAAAUUUGCCUGCACCAACGCCCGGAAUUAGGGGACUGAAAUCGUUCAGUGACACAAUAGAAAGUAAUAUACGUGAACUAGAAGGAAUGGGUCGAUAUCAGGAAUCGUACGGAAGCCUAAUAAUACCACUAAUACUCAACAAACUUCCAUGUUUUGUCAGACAAAACAUUACUCGAGACCACGGGAAUGAUGAUUGGGAUAUUUCAAGUUUACGCAAAGCAAUAAAGAAAGAAAUUUGUAUUCAAGAAGCCGCUAACGCCAAUCCUAUUGAAACCGAUAUUAUCCCAACCGCAUCGUUCGUUACAGAAACAACAAAUAAAAGAUGGAGUUCAACAGGGUCUAAAGAUAGUAACAACAAUAGUGCCGUUAAGACUAAAAGGUCGUGUUUGUUUUGUCAGAACACACAUCACCCAAAUGAAUGUACAAAGAUCACCGAUAUAAACUCCCGCACCCAAAUCGUAAAGCAAAAACGAGUUUGUUUUAACUGUCUCAGUAAUCACAAGGUUUCGGAAUGCAAGUCAAAAUACAGUUGCCGAAAUUGUAGUAAGAAACAUCACAGUAGCAUCUGCCGUUAUAAAUUACUAAAUGAAAACUCCACUUCAAAUGAAAAUAAAGCCGUAACAAAACCUGUCAACGAAGAGCUACAAAGUACCACAGAAACAAAGAGCGACGCUAUGCAUUCUGCCGUUACAGCACAUACUGAAAUUCUAUUGAAAACCGCCGUAGCGCCCGUAUGGUACAAUGCUGAAAGUGUUAUGACUAACAUUCUACUCGAUGAAAGCUCCCAGAAUUCAUUUAUAUCACUAGAACUAGAAGAAAAACUCCAUAUCAAACCAACUGGUAUAGUUAGCAUGCACAUUUCUGCAUUUGGCGGGAAAGAAGGUGAGGUACGCAACCUGGAGAAAGCGACAAUAUCGAUUGAGACAGAAAGGAAAGACAGAAUUUCAAUGGAAGUAAUAGUUGUUCCAAAAAUUGCCGCACCGAUACAUAUGAAGAAACGAGUAAACAUUAACUGCUUGCCCUAUUUACGAGGAUUACAACUUGCCCACCCAGUCACGCAGGAUGAAAAGUUUUCCAUUUCACUUCUCGUUGGAGCAGACUACUACUGGUCUUUAGUACAAUAUGAAGUUAUUCGAGGUGACGGACCAACAGCUGUUAAAUGCAAAUUAGGUUAUUUGCUAUCAGGACCGCUGAACACAGAUACUGAAAAUACACAAUGGAACUCUACAAUGAUGAAUGUUUUAGUGGUGCACAAACCCGAGGAGUGCAAUUUACAGAAAUUUCGGGAAAUUGAGUCGAGCGGAUUAGAGACGGAUUCUGAUGACACCAUACAAAAUGUACAAAACCUAGUGUUUGAGUAUCAAAACUCUAACAUAACUUUUAAGGAAAUUAAAUAUGUUGCAAAACUACCUUGGGAACCACCCCCACUACCAAAGGAUCGAGUUAAAGAUACCAUACCUUUUUUCACAUCUGGGAUAGAUUUUACCGGACCUCUACACAUCAAGGAUACAUCUCAUCUUUUACACGGAAGGAUUGUUACGACCACAGAGAUGCACAACGACAAACACAACGCGAAUAUUCAACAACUUGAUACGAUAACAGCAAACAAACUAUUUGAGCAGCAAAAGUACGGACUUCUAGAGGACUAG